AUGUCAGACCGAGAGUUUGGAGGCAACGAUGAUCUCUCCCUCCCGAAAGCCACUGUCCAAAAAAUAAUUACAGAGAUCUUACCCCCUUCGUCGGGUCAGACUUUCGCAAAGGAUGCGCGAGACCUACUCAUCGAAUGCUGCGUUGAAUUUAUCACGCUAAUAUCCUCGGAGGCAAACGAUAUCAGCGAGAAAGAAGCAAAGAAGACAAUCGCAUGCGAGCAUAUUGAGAAGGCUUUGACGGAUUUGGGUUUUGGAGAGUAUGUACCCGACGUGCUGGCAACCCGUGAGAAAAAGGUUAAUAAGAUGGAACAGAGUGGUUUAACUGAGGAAGAGUUGCUUCAGCAGCAGCAAGAGCUCUUCCGCUGUGCGGGGGAGAAAUAUAACGCUGGAAGCUGA